AUGUCUGAAAAGCUUCCAUGUGAACUACAGAAUGACCGUAAUGAAACAUUCUUAGAAACUCUACGUAAAAAUCUAACAGAAAGAAUACAAAUGGUUUUAAUUGUGGUACCUAAUAAUAAAAAAGAUCGUUAUGAUGCUAUAAAAAAAUUCUGUUGUGUUGAACACCCUGUACCAUCUCAAGUAGUAGUAGCUAGAACAUUGUCUAAAAAACAGAUGUUGAUGUCAUUACCGCAGUGUUUAUGUAUCCAUAUACAAAGACGUCAAUGGUUAAACUCUAAUUUACCAGUUAAACGUUAUGAUCAUGUCAGUUUUCAAGAGAUUUUAAAUAUGGAUAACUAUGUUUAUAUGAAAGCUAAUAAAAAGAAUCUAAGAAAUAGAUGUGGUUUAUUUGGUGGUAAAGAUGAUACUUUGGACAGCUUACGGUUUGGUACACAGAACCAGAAUGAAGUUUUACAAUCAGCACCAGUGAAUUUAUUAAGAGCGCUUAACUAUGAUUCUAAAACAACCAUGAAUGGUAUAUUUGUACAACCACCUAGUCCCCUCAGUCUACAUAACACACAUGCUGAUGAGAACCAUAAUGGUCCUGAUUUAGCCCCACAUACUGAGUUCCAAUAUAAACUAGCUUCUGUGAUCAGCCAUAUUGGAAAUGAGUAUUCUGGACAUUUUGUUGCGUAUCGGAGAACUCCAGUGCCAAGUGUAAAAAACACUAUGGGAGCUAAAUGGCUCUAUACAUCAGAUGAAACUGUGAAAAAAGUCAGCUUUCAUCAAGUAAUUAAUUCAGAGGCUUACAUGUUAUUUUAUGAACGAAUGCCCUCUGAAUGA